AUGUACAGCUACAACGUCCUGAGGACCAAGGAAGGCAGUGGGAUAGCCCAGACAGCCCUUAACCUCAUCAUUGCAAUUCUCUUUGCGGUCACCAGGCACAAGCGGGGGAGAAGCCCCGAUGGCUCCCCUGACAGUCGCCACCAAGGAAACAGACCUGGAGAAAAGAAGGUGAGGGGACGACCACCCCCAGCCCCCCGGAGAGCUAAGGAGCAGCCCGACUCCUCCAGAGCGGGACUUCACCGCAGAGGAGGUUCCGCUCACACUCCCUGGCGCCUCCACCGCAGGAGGACCCGGUCCCGAUCGCCAGCGUGGGUCAGGAGCUGGGGACGCUGCCAGCACAGCCCGGCGGAGGCCGGGCCCCCCUCCCGCAAACGCCGUCGCGGAACCCUGGGGCCCGAAGCCCGCGCGCCCCUGGCGGCGCUCACGUCCAAUCUCUGCAACCAGAUGGGCGCCCUGGAGGUGGUCCUGGGCGAGCUGCGGGCCCCGGGGGGCGCCUUCCUGCCGCAGUCCACCGGCCGCACGGAGCCCACGGCGGCGCAGCGCGCCUGGCUCGCCUGGCAGCUGGCGCACGCGGGCGCGGCCCUGCACUGGGCGCUCGCGGCGCUCGACUCCCUGCUCGCCGCGCGCUCCGGGCCCGCCGGCCCACAGCCCUCCCCGCCCUGGGCGCCAUCGCCUUAG